GUUGUAUUGCGACCAAUGGUCAUGAUCUGUUUGAUAGUAGUCCCAAAAGAUCCCCUGUUGGAAUCUGGACGGCCCCUGGAUAAGGUCAUGUUUUCUGUGUCUCUGUAUACAAUAAACUUUAAUUAAAACCCGGUUAUAUUUAUCAAAUAAAUAAUAGACUCAAGAGAUAGUGUACAGUUUUUACCUCAGUUUAAACCAACUCUCCUUAUUUACUAUAUAUAUAUAUAUAUAUAUAUUUAGUAAAUAAGGAAGAAAGUCAAGGGAUAGUGUACAUUGUACAGUUUAUAUAUCUGUUUAAACCAACUCUUGUUUCAAGUCACUUAAACUAGUUCUCAGUUUUAUUUUUGUCCGGCAUUGUAGCUUAAAUGCGCAUGAAAGCGAACAAGUAUAUUUGUCAGAAUAAAAUGAUUUGUGACAAAAUAGUAAACAAUAAAUAUUGAUAGUUUGGAUUCGUUAGGGUUACAUUAAGGUAUAAUUACUUGUUGUUCCUGGUUUGCCUUGUGUUAUAUAUGUUAUACUGAGUGUCCCAUAUCACAUCUGAUUAUUCUUUGAUUUAUGAAAAACCUAACUUACCUAUUAAUUGUAUGUAAAUCUAAAUACAUAAAUGGUUUAUCGUUCUAUAUUAUAUUAUAAUGGAAUGUUUUCCUUUUUUAGAUUUAAAAUAAAUUCUUUCUACAUAACUGAUCUGUCAAUUAUGAGUGUUACAGAGAAGAUCAAGAGUUACAGUCUGCCUCGUAGAUACCAAACCCAAAAAUGUCACCCACCCGGAAGAAUUUUAUUUGGGACCAUUACUCAGUCAGUCCAUCAGAUUCAGACCAGGGCUCCUUCGAAACCUCUUCGUGUGACAGCCUCUUACUUCAGAGCAAGUCCAUUCUUUCUUUUCCACAUAAUCUUCAGGGGGAUUUCUUUAGGGUUGGUAUUCUCCCUGGUCCCAGGUUGGGUUGGAGUUAUAACGAUUCUGCUCCUGCUUGGUUCGAACCUGUUCCAGCUGAUAUAUGUUUGUAGCUUAUCCUUGCAUCAAGCUCUUAUAUCCAGUCUAGUAUCUAUACUCACUCCUUCCAUAUUUCCGGGAAGGAAACCAUUAUCAUUCGACCUGGUGGCCAAAUAUCAGAUAGUCAACUCAUUGGUAGUUACAGGUAUAUAGUGGCCAAAUACCAGAUAGUCAACUCAU